AUGCCGACCACUGCGGAGCAGUUGCUGGAUGCUGCACUAUGGCUAUGCCGCUCCCUCGGCUCGUAGAACUCCCCCUCGCUUUCAAAAUCCUUCCUUUUCGUUCCUCACCUCCUCCCAUUCCUCGUCUCCCCACCCUUUCUUCUCUCCGGCUUCUCCUUCGCCGCUCCAAAACCCUAACUCUUCCCCUUUUCUCUGCCGCCCAAGACGCCAUUUCCGUUCCACAGGAUCCGAUCUUCCUACGUCACCUGCAACGUAUAGACGAAGAUCAACUUGAGGACAAGAACUACGAUGAGGAUUUCGAAGAAGGCCUAGUGGACGAGGAUGAUUUGGAUUUGGAUCCUAUUCGCAGUUUCUUCAAAUCCCGCAAGCCAGUCCCAGACCCUAAGCACGAAGGAGGCAGGGCCUGGCACAUAGCGGACAUAGAUCCUGCCGAAGCUAGCCUUCUCGAUGAGGAAGAGCAAACCAUUGAAUUGGAGUCUGCGGCUCCACUUGGCCUUGCUGAGGAUGGCGUAGUAGGAGAUAUCCUUCGAAUUGCGCGGAACCUCCCCGAGAAUUCUGCAUUGGGAGAUUUCUUGGAUUCGUUUGUCGGGAAGAUUGGGGAGAGUGAAUGUAUAGAGCUUUUGGCGAGGAUGGGGGAGGAUGGCCUUGCUUGGAGCUGCUUGUACCUGUUCGAAUGGAUGCGGUUGCAGGAGCCGUCCCUAGUGACCUCAAGGGCAUGCUCUGUUGUCUUUCCAGUUUUGGGAAAGGCCGGAAUGGGGGAGAAGCUGAUGAUUCUCUUUGAGAAUUUGCCACGGGCAAAGCAGUUUAGAGAUGUUAGGCUAUAUAAUGCUGCAAUUUCUGGUCUGUCAUGCUGCGGCAGCUGUCAAGAGGUUCCCUGUGGCUGGGCGGUGGUUCCAUUGGAUUGCAGUUGUGUGGCAGUGGCUGCUGCAGUGGCUCAGUUGGGCUGCAGAUAUGAUGAUGCUUGGGGAGUAUUUGAAGCAAUGGAAACCAAUAAUAUUCAACCGGAUCAUGUGACCUGCUCCAUUCUGGUUACGACCAUGAGAAAAAGCGGUCGAUGUGCAAAAGAUGUUUGGGAUUUCUUUGAACGCUUGAAUAGAAAAGGUGUCAAAUGGAGUCCAGAAGUUUCUGGUGCAUUGAUAAAAACCUUUUGUGACGAGGGACUAAAGAAGGAAGCCCUCAUCAUUCAGUCUGAGAUGGAGAAGAAUGGGAUCACAUCAAACGUCAUAAUAUACAACACAUUGAUGGAUGCUUAUGGUAAAUCUAACCAGAUAGAAGAAGUUGAAGGCCUUUUGAAUGAGAUGAAGAUGAAAGGACUAAAACCAACCACCUCGACCUAUAACAUCUUGAUGGAUGCAUACAGUAGGAGAAUGCAACCUGAGAUAGUUGAAGAUCUUCUUUUGGAAAUGCAAACUUUAGGUCUGAAACCGAAUGUGAAAUCAUAUACUUGUCUCAUAAGCGCUUAUGGGAGGCAGAAAAAAAUGAGUGAGAAAGCUGCAGAUUCCUUCCUGAGGAUGAAAGCUGCGGGAAUCAAUCCGACUUCUCAUUCAUAUACUGCUCUUAUACAUGCAUUUUCUGUCAGUGGUUGGCAUGAAAAGGCAUAUAGUGCAUAUCAAAGGAUGGAGAGAGAAGGAAUUACACCUUCCAUAGAGACUUACACAGCUCUGCUUGAUGCAUUUAGGCGUGCCGGUGAAACCAAAAUGUUGAUGGAAAUCUGGAAAACGAUGAUCUUGAAAAAAGUUGAAGGAACUAAAGUCACUUUUUAUAUUCUUUUGGAUGGAUUUGCCAAGCAUGGUCUCUAUGUCCAAGCAAGAGAUGUGAUCUCCGAGUUUGGAAAGUUUGGUAUCCAGCCAACUGUAAUGACCUAUAAUAUUUUGAUGAAUGCAUAUGCAAGGGGUGGACAACAUUACAGGUUGCCGCAGCUGCUUAAAGAGAUGGCUGCUCUAGAAUUGAAGCCUGAUUCUGUUACUUAUUCAACCAUGAUAUAUGCAUAUCUACGUGUUCGCGAUUUCACCCGUGCAUUCUAUUAUCACAAACAAAUGAUUAGAAGUGGGAAAGUACCUGAAGCCAGCUCUUACCAUAAACUGCGGGCUAUUUUAGAUGCGAAAGCAGCUACAAAGAACAUAAGGGAUAGAAGUGCCAUUCUUGGAAUAGUCAACAGUAAAAUGGGUUUGAAGCCAAAAAAGGGUAAGAAAGAUGAGUUCUGGAAGAACAAAAAGAGGCGGUCCAUCAUGAAAAAUUUAUCAGCCAAUGAUCGGUACUAACUAGCUUAUUCUAGUGUCUUUGAUGCACUGAAAAGAUAAUUGAUAUAGAGGAUUUAGCUUUUCAAAAAUUAUUUUUUUCAUUGGUUAGCGUAUGUGAAGACAAGCUUUUAUCGUCGGCUUAGCAGUUAGCCAAGUAAAGGGUAUCAAGAAGGCUGUAAUUUUUAGAUUUUAAUGAAUGAAGUCCUUUCAGCUCGGCCACAAUAGUGACUCAUGUACAUCUUGUGGCUUGCAUGUGUACACUAUGCAUUGUUGGCAAUUUCUGAGAGGUAUUAUUUCAUGUAUAGAUCCUGUAUGUAAUUUCCAUUUACUUAUUAAAUUAGUAGAUAAUUAGUAGAUUUA